AGGUUCAUUUCACUCCUCUCCUGAAGUGAAUGGAUUUGAAUCUGUUUUUCAAUUUGAACUUCAGAAUAUUCUUGAGUUUUUCUUUGGAAGAGUGUCGUGCUAGUUGUGAGUUGAGCUUUAUAAGCUUUAACAAAUUACGUUCUCGUUGUUGAAUAAAUAAAGAACCAUAUGACGAUUGAUCUGAGAACUGUGGAGUGUCUAAGAGGGAGACUACUUGCAGAGAGGCAAGUUUCAAGGUCUGCUAAAGAAGAAGCAGAGCUCAUUACCAGAAGGAUGGAAGAGCUGGAGAAACAUCUGAAAGAAGAGAUCAGAUUAAGAGAAAAAGCAGAGAAGAGACUAAAAGUUCUGAUUAAAAAGCUUGAGUUCAUAAAAGGGUCACACAGUUCUGAGAGCUCAGAGCAAUCAAGUUCAUCUGAAGCUUCUUGUUUGUCAUCGGUUUCCACUUCAGCAUCCAAUGAAGAAGAAGUAGAAGAACAAGAAACUCAUGGAAAUGGAUUUUUGGAGGAAGGAAAAGUAUAUCAAGCAACUGAAAAUGUUGUCUCCAUGGUAAAAGAGUUAAGUUCAAAGGUCAUAGUUGUUUCUUCUGGUGAUGUAAGUGUUAUUGCUUCAGCGUCAAGUCAGGAAGGAGAAUCACAGGCUGGUAAUGAUUUUUCUAAGGGCUCAGAUACAUCUUAAGAUAGUUCCAUAUCUUUAAAACCAAGAAGUUCAGGACCGAAGCUAGUAGCAUGUUAUAUGUUGUGUUUCAUUUCAGUACAAGUGGUAGUUAUCCUAAUUAUUAUGAGUCAGCGGUGACAUUAUCAGCUGUAAACCUAUUGGUUGUGACUUGCGAUACUAAGCAUUAGUAUAUCUAACUUACGAGUUUUAUGAAAUAAUUUUUUGAAACA